UUUAACACACUGGGUCUACCUCCAAGGCACUGGGCUGUAGAUCAUCCUGACCAUUCACUGCUCCUGAUCUAGGAAUCUCUUAUAAGGGUUUUUGGGGGCACCUUUUAACUUAAAAAAAGAAAGAAAAGAAAAUGGCACCAAAGAAAGACAUUAAGAAACCAGCUGCACCUGCACCUGCACGUGCACCAGCCCCUGCACCUGCAGCUGCACCAGCACCAGCCCCUGCACCAGCGCCAGCCCCACCACCACCAAAACCCAAAGAACCUGCAAUUGAUCUCUCCUCCAUCAAGAUCCAGUUCACCAAGGAGCAACAGGAUGACUUUAAGGAGGCAUUCCUCCUUUUCGACAGGACUGGUGAAGGCAAGAUCAUACUAAGCCAGGUUGCAGAUGUCAUUCGUGCUCUGGGACAGAACCCCACUAAUGUUGAGGUGAAGAAGAUCUUGGGCAACCCUAGCAAUGAGGAGAUGAAUGCUAAGAAAAUUGGGUUUGAAGAGUUCCUGCCCAUGUUGCAGGCAGCUGCCAAUAAUAAGGAUCAGGGUAGCUAUGAAGACUUCGUUGAAGGUCUACGCGUCUUUGACAAGGAGGGCAACGGGACAGUGAUGGGCGCUGAACUCCGCCACGUACUGGCCACCCUGGGUGAGAAGAUGAAGGAAGAAGAAGUAGAAGAACUGAUGAAAGGGCAGGAAGACUCCAAUGGCUGCAUCAACUAUGAGGCAUUUGUGAAGCACAUCAUGUCUAUCUGAACAGAUUUCUCAAGACACAAGUUUGAACAAGAUCAGUGGACGCUUGAGAUCUGAACUUCUAGGAAGCUAUUGCCCUAUCCAAUAACACCAUCCUAGAGGCUAAAAGGACUGUAAUAUAUGCUUCCCAACCAUCCCCUUUUUAAAGUCAUCAGCAUCAGAUGCCAACUGAAUCUCAAAAUUUUUACACUUCACAGAAAAAAAUUGCAGAGCAAAGGAGGACUACAUUGCCCCAGCUGUCAAGCCCAAUUAUCUUUUUCCCCACAUUGUCCAUCAUGAGAGCAAUGUAUAUUAUUGGGGGGGGGAUAAGAAUCUGAUAAUAAAUCUCUGUGAUCAGUGUA